UUUUACCUUAACUGGUAAUUCGGAAGUCACGAAUCGGAAAUUGACUUCGGUAACGUCACUUCCUUUCAGCGAAAGCGUGUUGUUUGCUAACCAGAAAAAUGGCAGCGGACGUUAAAACUGACGACUAUCCCCAUGAAAUAGACGAACAGCUCACAGGCUUCGACUCCUCAGUUUCUUCUGUAAAAACCAUGUUGGACAAGUUGAUGUCGAUGCACAGAAAUGACCUACUGCAAAAGCUGAAUCCUUUGGAUCAAGCCAAGCUGGAUCUGAUGUCUGCCUACACCCUUAACUCAUUAUUCUGGAUGUACUUGGUAACACAAGGAGUAAAUCCCAGAGAACAUGGAAUCAAACAGGAAUUGGAGCGGAUAAGGACAUACAUGAACAGAGUGAAAGAGAUCACUGACAAAAAGAAAGCUGCCCGUCUAGAUAAGGGGGCUGCUGCACGCUUUCUCAGGAAUGCUCUCUAUGAUCCAGAGGAUAAAGAUUCUAGAAAAAAGGUGGCAGACACAGCAGCUGACACUCCACGGUCAAAGCGGCCAAAGCAGAGCUGAAGCAGGAGCUCAACAGUCUGGCCCUUGUGCAGUUCACUUCACUUUCUGGGGCAACAAACACUGAAAUUGACAUUUUUGCUUACAAAGUAAGUUUUGAGGCUGUGUGACGAGACAUCAUGCAUGUUUAUCUGGGGUGAAUCAUAGCCUGAGAUCAUAUCCUGGAGUCACUGGCCACUGUUGCCCUGCAGCAAGUGUAACUGGAUGUACUAGAAACACAAGACUAACUGCUAUGUACACUGGGAUUUGCUGAACAUAUUUUUGGGGCAGUGAUGGUGGCAAUUGCCCUAGAAUUGAAUGGAUAUAACACUGUAUUGUCUCUGUAAUGUUACUUCAUCAAUGAGUUGUUGUAUAACCAUUCAAAAAUAGUGUUUUAAAAGUGAGUUUUUCCUCCUGUUUUCAUUGUGUUUCCUGUUAUUGCACUACAAACAAAGUGGUAAAACAGUUAUCUUCUAGCUUUUCACACCAGGCCUUUGUGACAAAGGAUAGUUUGAUAUGUCACAGUAAGAAAAGCUCAAGUUUAAAAUAUGCUCCAUUUUAUGUAGUUGCUUUAGUUUCAGGGUCAUGGCAUUGUCAUGACUUAAUUGAAUAGAGCAGAGCCAUCAUUAAUUUAUGUAACACUUGUUGAUUGGUUAAUGUUGUUUGUACUCAUGAAAUGCUGUAGAAGCUACUGGCUAAAUUAGCCACCAACAGAUCAACAAUAAAAGAUCGCCAUCUAGAA